GGUGGAGCCAGGGCUGGGACAGCGGAAACUGGUGCACUCGACACGCAACUCGUCCCUGCCACACCGUCCCGACAGCAUGAUGAAUGGGGUCAGUUAAAAACUUACCCCCUGACCACCACACAGAUCCAUGUCGACCACCUCGGCACACGUUGCGGUUGCGCCGAGCGGCGUCAAAGCGGCCAAGUCGCUUCAGUUCACCACGACCACGACGUACCUCUUCCACCCGGCGCUCAACGGCAGCGCGCUUCCCGCCGAAACGGGACCCGCCGUGGGUCUCGCCCCACAUCACUUUGACGUCCACGUCGCCAAUAUCCCAGCAUCCAAGUGGUGUCGCCGCGGUCGUGUGCGCAAAUUCACACAUACCGAACGCAUCGAACUCCUCAAAGCUGCGGGGAUGGCUGUGGCAGAGAUUGCUGCGCACUGUAGCGAAGCCAUCGAUCUCCGCCAGUCGCGAGCCGCCACACGAGAAGAAGAAAAGCGCAAGCGAAAGAUUGAGGCCAAAAUGGACGCUUUCGCGAAACGUCAUCGGGGGGAAAGCAGCCACCACCGCCCGAGGCCUUCGGAAGUGAUGGCCGCAUAGCCUGUCAUGGCCGAACGCCUAACUUAAGCUAAGUAAUCUAUCUAUUGCACGGCCACACGGUGGUUAUUCGGA